UUGUUCACGGAGUAUUAAAACGAAUUCUCGAAAAUCGAUUCGAAUCGUCAAACUGUACUGUAUAACUUCGAAAAAUCAUUCAUAAAAAUAAUAACAAAAUCACAAAAGUUAUGAAUUUUUAUAUAAAAAUUACUCGUGAUUUGGUUUCGUGACGAUGUCAAAUAAGUUUAACAAUUGUGAUGCGAGUUGUAAUAGAAUUUUUUGUAAAUCGAAAGAAACAUGGACAAUUAAAUCGAAAUAUUGGAAAGAUUUUGUUAUUAUUUACGAUAAGAUUUGAUUUGAUUCAAUAGUGCGUAUCAAAGAUGAUCGAAAAAAUUAGGAAUCGUUGUUAAAUCGAUAUUGAAAAAGAAAAAAGACAAAUUAUUGUAUAUUGUUAACUCGAUUAAUUAAUUCGAGAUAAAGGAUUCGGUAUUCAAGAGGUAUGAAUAUUUCAAGCCGUAACACAAUCCCUUUAAGCAAUAUCACGGAGCUUACGAAUUUGGACGAAACAGAGUAUUUGCUAAAAAAAUUGGGCUCUAAAUAUUUGCCACUUCAAUUGGUCUUACCAAUUACAUUUGCAUACGUUAUCAUUUUCGUAACCGGCGUAUUCGGUAAUAUAAUGACUUGCAUUGUCAUCAAAAAAAAUCCAACAAUGCAAACCGCCACGAAUUAUUAUCUCUUCAACUUGGCUAUUUCUGAUCUUCUCUUAUUGGUUUUAGGUUUACCAAAUGAAUUGAGCAUUUUCUGGGAACAAUAUCCAUGGCAGUUUGGACUGUACAUGUGUAAAUUACGAGCCUUUGUAUCGGAGAUGUCCUCUUACGCGUCGGUACUCACCAUAGUGACGUUUUCCUUGGAAAGAUAUUUAGCUAUUUGUCAUCCUUUACAUCUUUACACCAUGAGUGGUUUGAAACGACCAAUUAGAUUCAUUUUGAGUACUUGGAUAGUGGCACUGAUUUUUGCCAUUCCAUUUGCCGUUUAUACGACAGUCAACUACGUCGAGUAUCCACCAGAAUCAGGAAGAUAUUCAGAGGAUUCAGCAUUAUGUGCUAUGCUAUUACACAAUAUGCCGAAAUUUCCACUUUACGAGUUAAGCUGUAUAAUAUUCUUCUUAAUCCCUAUGGUGUUCAUAGUAGCUCUCUAUGUGCGAAUGUGUCUCAGAAUACAAAGGAAUACUCUUGGCCAUAGUAUCGAAGGUUCGGUUCAUGGUGAAACGAGACAAGCACACUCACGAAAGGCCAUUGUACGCAUGCUUAUCGCCGUUGUCAUAAUGUUCUUCGUCUGCUGGGCACCCUUUCACGCCCAACGAUUGCUUUACGUCCAUCGAACGUCAUAUUUCCACGAUAUAAAUGAAUGGUUGCAUCCGUUGAGUGGGUGCCUUUAUUAUUUCAGUACCACCGUUAAUCCAAUUUUAUAUAAUGUCAUGAGCGUUAAAUACAGGACAGCAUUUAAAGAAACGCUUUGGUGUUCUUCGGUCAAUCUUUCCACUCCUCCUGAUGGCAACAAUAGUAUCACCGUUUACGAUUGUGAAAGUGGAAAAGAAUUUCGCAUGAUACGUACAAGAAGUUCGCGUUACAAGAGGAGUAUUAUCAAAAGAUAUGAUUCGAGCGAACAAUCGAAUAUCUCGCGAAGAUCUUUAAAAAAUUCUCAAAGGAGUACAGAAGACGAUGAAAAAAGUUCUCCCAUCGAAACUUCUAUGGACGAUGAUAAUCCAUCGAUCAUCGCAACUACGAAAUCAUCUCUCGUUGUGCAAUUGUACAAAGGACGAACGAAAUGUUGGACCGUUAAAAAGAAUAAAAAUUCUUCGAAGGAAACGCACAUGUGAUCCGGGCCUUAUUUUCUUCAACGAAAGGAUUCGUUUUAUAAAUUUACAACCAAUGAUGUAGGAAAGUUUAUCGAAAUUGGUGAAUCGAAUGAGACUUCCAACGAAUAUGUUGGAUCUUUCCUAUGAAAGAUAACAAUAUAUUUUCUUUUAUUAAUAUUGAUUGUUAAAUGUUAAAUUCGUAUUAGUAAGUUUAAAAUCCAAAUCAACGUAUUGUCCACAUAUUGAAUCAGGUAUGGAUCAAAUAAUUAACUAUAUACUAAAUGUAACAAAUUUUUAUUUAUUGUACCAUUUGGAAUAACACAUAAAUGACAGGAUGAAUUUAUAAUAUUACAACCUAAUUUUACAA